UCUAGCAGGAAACGAAACUUAUACUGUUACGCUGUCUUCUGGGAGCCAUGGCUGCAGCCCUGAAUCCUUUGAAGAGCCUCCGAGAGGAAGCUACUUGCUCCAUCUGUCUGAGUUUUUUUAAGGAUCCAGUGUCCUUAGAUUGCGGGCACAAUUUCUGCCAAGCCUGCAUCGCCCAGUGCUGGGAGGGACCAAAUACAGACAUCUCCUGCCCUCAGUGCAGAGAAACCUUUCCCCAGAGGACCCUCAGGCCGAACAGACAGCUGGGGAACUUUGUAGCAAUCGCCAAGCAGCUGAGUUUCCAAACAGUGGCAGCAGCAGCCGGAGGAGAUUUGUGCAAGGCGCACCAGGAGCCUUUCAAACUCUUCUGUAACCAGGACCAAAUGCUCAUCUGUGUGAUCUGCAGGGAGUCCCAGGCUCACCGUACUCACAGGGUGGUCCCCACAGAGGAGGCUGCCCGGGAGCACAAGGAACAAAUUCAAACCCGACUGAACACCCUGAAGCAAGAGAGAGAAGAACUUCUGGAGUGGAAACAGGAUGGAAAGAAGCAAAGCCAGGAAUAUCUGGGGAAAAUAGAAGCUGAGAGGCAGAAGAUUGUGUCUGAAUUUGAGCAACUGCGGCAGUUGUUGGAGGAACAAGAGCAGCUCCUGCUGGCCCAGCUGGAAGAGUUGAACAAGGAAAUUGUGAAGAUACAGGAUGAAAAUGUCACCAAACUAUCUGAGGAGAUUUCCCAUCUCAGUGACCUGAUCAGUGAGAUAGAAGAGAAGUGUCAGCAGCCAACAAGUGAAUUCCUGCAGGACAUCAAAAGCACCUGGAGCAGGUGUGAGAAGGUGAAGUUCGAGAAACCAAUGGCUGUGCCACAGGAUGUGAGCGAGAAAGUUGGCGUCUCUUCCCAAAGAAAUGUUUGUCUACAGGAGGCUCUGAAGAAAUUCAGAGAGACCCUGCCCUAUCAACUGAACUUUCUGAUCUCCAAGGCAGAGAAAGAGGUGCAGGCCACUCCGGAUCCAGACCUGGGGAUUCCCUGUUCCGUCGUGUCCACAGAUGAGAGUGUGAUACAGAAAUACCAAAACUUGGGAUAUGUAGGGACACAGAACAGGUUUCACCCUGCUGCCUGUGUGCUGGGCUAUAAGGGCUUCACCUCAGGGAGAUGUUACUGGCAAGUGGAGGUGGGGAACAAACGUAAUUGGGUUUUGGGCAUUGCCAAAGAGUCUGUGAUACAUGAGGGAGCGAAAAGCCGUACACCAGAGGAGGGGAUCUGGGCUUUGCAGAGCACAGGGAAUGGGUACUCAGCCCUCACCUCCCCUGAGACUGCUCUGGCCCUACCUCGUAGCCCCAGUAACAUUGGGGUUUAUCUGGAUUAUGAAGGGGAGAAAGUUACAUUUUAUGACAUUACAUCUUCUGGCAGAGAGCCAAUCUUUACUUUCACAUCUUCUUUCACUGGGAAGAUCAUCCCCUUCUUUGGAAGCCGACGUGUAGUAUUUCUGAGUUCAGCGGAAAACAUACCGUUUCGUGGUCACUGUCCGACAUAUCGUUAAUCCCUGUGACAGAGGAGUAGGGAUCACUCAAUAUGAAAUAUCUGAAGUGGAGCAAAGACAUAGGUAAUAUAUAAAUUACAGCUAUCACACUUUGCCAUUCUAAUCACAGUCUUGUCAGCCUCAAGCAUUCAAAAACUGUCAGGACCCCCAAAAUCAUGAGAUUGGCUUAAACAUCUUUUUAAAUAUUGUGUUAUUUUCUUUGCCUUCUGGUUUCCCAGCUUUUGGGGUGUUCUUGUUUCCGAUUUUCAAUCUUUGCUACACAAACGUGAAGGCUGGAAAUGUAUCUGUAAUAUAAUCUGAGGUUGCCUUGCAAUCUAUCUACUCCAGCUGCUGGGACUUUAAGAAAAACACCAAGUGCUGCGAGACUCACAAUAAACUGAUGAGAGAGGACAAGACUGACUUGCUUAGCAUUAUACUGGUGAAUGGAGUUUCUCGACCCUUUUACAUGCCUGUCUCUGUAACUCUGUGAUCCUCCAGGCACACAAAAACUGGCCAACAAGCAGACACCAGGAGCCACUCUCAGGGUCACACCAGAGCCUGCCUGUCUUAGGGCAGGUCUACACUUAAAAUACUGCAGUAGAACAAAUGCACCGGUGCUGCUCCACCGCUUUAAUGCUUAAGUGAAGACGCUCCUAUGCUGACAGGAGAGCUUCUCCCAUCAGUGUAGUUAAUCCACCUCUGAGAGGUGGUAGCUAUGUCCAGGGGAGAAGCUCUCCGGUCAAUGUACCGCUGUCUACACCAGGAGUUCAGUCGGUACGACUGCAUUCACUGAGGGGUGUGGAUUUUUCACAGCCCUGAGCGAUAUAGUUCUACCAAUGGAAGUUUAUAGUGUAGACCUGGCCUAAGUUCUGACUCACUUCGGGUCAUGCAUCAAAGUCCUCUGCUCUUUACUUGUGAAUAUGAAAACCAUAGUGGUGUUUCCCUCUCCCUCCAAUUCCCCAGCUCAAUGCUCCUAUUUUGCUCUGUUUCGUUAUUUGGAUGCUGUAGAUUCAGAUGAGUAAAUUCACAGAAUAAAGUUUAUUUCUAUCUUC